CAUCAUAUCUAUUGUAUCAUUUCUUUGGAGCUAAUUGUUGGUGCAUACAUUUAAUACAUCUACUGUCGCAGUGAUGGAGCCCACAUUGGUUGUUUUCGUCGUGUUGAUCGCACAGUGUACCAUAUCAUCCACAUAUGGACAAAAUCAAGCUUGCCCGCCAAUCCAGUGUCCACGAGGGUACUACAUGAAUGUCAUGAUCUGUAACUGCGUAAUAUCGGGUGUUGGAGGAAUGGGCCGCCCGAACACCGCCAUGAUGCAGGGUAUAUCCAACAUUGCGGCAAUGCGAAGGAUGUCUGCUACCACAGCUCCCCAACAAGGUUCGCAAGGAUGGACAGUUAGUCCCGCCAUGAUGGCGUUAGCAGGUGGAAACGAAAGGCUCUCAAAUGCUCUGAUCAUGGGCGCCAAUAAAGCAACACGUGCACCGUUACCAAACGCUGCUCCGAGGAUGGGACCUGCUCCUCCAUCUCAGUAUCCUCUUGGUGGUAAUCCGAGCAUUUCUCCGCUCCUCCUUAGCAACAGUGACAUGGCAGAAAGCCUCGCUAUGCACAGUUUGAUGACUGGGCGACGCGGUGGGCAGAUGGGUCUUGCACAAACACUUGCACUGACCCGCGGAAGUGAUGCCGUGCGCGAUGCCAUGCUGAUCAACGCAGCCUACCCAAACAACGGCAUGGGAGCCAGUAUGAUGUUGCUCGGAGGCAGCGAUGCAGCUAGAGACGCCUAUAUCAUAAACUCGCUCAACAGACGUGGUGGUGGUCAAGCCAGUUACCUCAACACCUUAGGAGCAACAGGCGCCUUGGGUGACAACUACAGGGAUAUGCUGGCCACGAAGGCGGUUCUGCAGGAAACAAAUCCCAUUAAACAAUCCAUGCUCUCCAAAGUUCUGGAUAUCCCGGACAGUACCCGCCAGCUGAUCAUGCUCAGAGCGUUCCAGGGUCAAAGGCAGACCAUGCUAUACUGAUUUCAUCAAUAAUCUGUUAACAGUUGGUAUGUCCAUGCUUGCCUUCCUUUAAACAUGUGAUGACUUACUUUCAAAAAAUUAUUAAUGGACAUUAAUUGUAUUCAUUUAUCAUCUUGAAAAUUCUCAAAUAAAGUCGUAUACAUAUCUUGAAA